AUGACGAAAUUCCCGCGGGCGCCGCUGAAGCGCCCGGAACGCCGCCAACGACUCUUUACCUUGGCACUGCUUGCCGGGGGUAUUCUUGGCAGCACAGUAGGAAGCUGUGCAGCUUCUUUUGAGGGCACUAGCCCCGUCGAUCCAACGAGACUUUUGCCAAGACGGCUAGCACCUCAAGAAUGCAAGACAUAUGUCUACACCGAGAUCGAUCAUGAGCCCACGGAAAUGUCCGACAGGGGUAGCUGCCCCACAGGUGGUGGAAAACGCGCGUUUCUGCUAGAUACGUCACCUGAGGGGGCAGGAGCCCCUGCUCUACUGGAGGUUUCUCCCGUUCAGUCCCAGCAGUAUUCCUGCCGCGCGAGUCGUCCAUGCAGCCUUGUGGUGGCGGGUUUCGGUCUUCAAGCAGAAGAUAGCAUAGCUGUGCUGAAAGGCAUUGAAGACUGCCCUCCAACUAGCCUUCGCAAUGCUCAAAUCAUCACUAGCACUCGUCACAUUACCAGCUCCUCAGCAGCGACUUUCAACUUCCACAUCCGGCCACAAAAGGCGAAGACAGAGCUGCCAGUAUUUGACUUGGGACCUAUUCAAGGCAGUACUUUUACCGUUUGCUAUUCUCCAUAUCUUGCGACUCGCGGUGAAGCCCCAUCGGCGAAAGAUUAUCAUUACCGUGCAGGCACUGUCACCAUUCGCGAUGAAAUGCUCAAUUGCGACUUUGAAGAGGGAAUGUGCGGGCUCAUGUCUUUCGUGAUUGAUCCCCGCAUGAGUUUAGAGUGGCGCCGUCAUUCCGGAGCAACGGAAACAGCUGGAACGGGCCCAUCUGCGGACCACACAAUAGGACGAAGACCAGGAAAGAGAGGGCACUACCUCUACAUGGAUUCGCCUGGUUACAUGCUUGGGGAGAGUGCAUCGCUUCUCGCCCCUCCUCAGAUCUACCCUAAGGGUCUCUACUGCGCCAGAAUGUGGUACCAUAUGUACGGAGAAGACGUUAACUCACUGAGGGUGUACAUGCGCACACUUGAAGGGGACGCAGAAGCACUCGGGGACUGGGGCAAACCUUAUCUCUUGAGGGUGGGUGACCACGGAGACGACUGGCUAGAAGCUGGGUUUGAGUUCAGCUCCGACGGCCACACCGCUCAACAGCUGGUCAUUGAGGCACUUGCUGGGUUUAGCGAGAAGGGAGACAUUGCAAUUGAUGACUUGCGGAUCGUGUCAGGAAAAUGCCCAGAGCAAAUUUCACGAGACGUGACGCAACAAGAUUAUAUUUGCGGCGAGGUUCGCCUGCUUACAGGUAACUAUGCUGAAGACAAGCAAUGGUUUGUUGAAGGUGCAGUCUCUUGCGCCGGUAAAGGGUACUCACUAAGCAGCAUGCAAGGGCGUUGGGUGCCCUGUUGUGUGCCCCGUUACGGCAGCUACACGGUGGUUCUAAGGGAUUCAUAUGGCGACGGGUGGAACAGGUCAAGAUUGGAAUUUCGUUUCUUUGGAGAUCUCAUAACCUUUGGGGAAGACUUCAAUGGAACGGAAAAGAAGUACAAACUUAAUAUCGGUCUUGUGCAGAUUCAGAGAGUCGAGGGUUCUGAGGAUCGCAUCGGUAUCCAGCUUCAGGUUGCAGAACCUAGAACUUACGUCUGGUGUGGCGCAGCACAGUCUGGGACUCCUCCCCCAACUGUAGAGAUCUUGAAGCGAUAUGGUAUUCGGUCUCAAAACCCAACAAGCCAUGCAGGUGAAGUGCUGCGUAUGGAAAUAGCCAACAAACCGGGCAGCCGCCGCGUUGUUAUGCCAAGCACAACCUACAACGUCUACUGCUACGCUGAAGCGUCUACGGCGAACAUUCCGGAGCCAGGCGGUGGUCACGGAACACAUCGUGAACGCAUGGAUGAUGCGCAAGUCGCUGCUUCCCGAAUGGCAGUCACAACGGACAGCACUCCUCCCAACCUCUCUAUCCAAGGCACAGAAGCACAUUUAAAUGAUGUCAUCGUUCGGUUGACAUCUGAUGAGCCAUCCACAGUAUGGUGCUUAGCAAGAGACGAGAAAAAAGAAGCUGCUGCUGGAGGGGAACCACCCUCCGUAGAGGCUUUGAAAAAAGGGAAUAAGAUACAGAUUCUGCACGGCGAAGAAGGCUCGCCUCAGGCUCUUUCCAUCACGGGACUCACCCCAGACAACCAUUACACCGUGUACUGCUUUGCACAAGAUGCAGCACUGCCAAAGGGGAAUGGCAUCAGUCUUUCCCAAGUCAAGGAGUUGUCGUUCUCUGUGCAGACAAAGAGUAAGGUGCCAGAGCUCUCCAUAUUGUCGUACAAGGCUUUCCAGAAGGGAUUUAGAGUGACUGUCCAGGCGGACACUCCGGCAAAAGUGUGGUGUGGUGCAGCCAUGGCUGGCAGCGCCUUUCCAAGCCGUGAAGAUGUUCGACGCGUAGGAGCCACUACUGAAAUUGAAGAUGCUGACCAGAAGACAGAGCUGGAGAUUCGCGGUGUUCCCCCGAACACUCGCUACACAAUCUACUGCUUCGCUUCGUCUCGUGGUGGAAGCGCCGAAAUGACGGACGCUCAGAUGUGGGCUAAAGCACUGGAGGUGACCUCAUUCGGCCGAUUCUGUGACAUGCCUGUAGAGCCUGCAGAUCUGGAAGUUGCUGAUAAGCCCACGCUAUUCGACCCCUUGACUUCGACAGAAGAGUUCUUGGUUCGUGAAUUUAUGGGAAGGCAACGCAACCUUAACAUUGAAGGAGUGUAUCGUAUUAACCUCUUCAUAGACAAAGAAAAGAUAAUUGAGCACCUUGACAAAGGCGGUCCAGCUCCUAGAAGGUAUGCGCGCGUUCGUGUCGGAACCUGCAAGGACAGGGAGGGAGCUUACAGGCAGUACAAAGUGGGCCCUCUAGACGUGCGCAGCGCCGAUCAGAUGACACUGGAGCCCGUUGGUGCUGUUGUGCCGACCGACUGUGGCGGAUAUAAUCCACAAGGUGUUUUUGGACGGCGUCUGCUGGCAGUAGAUGAAGAAGAGGAGCUAGCAGAGAUCCUACAGGAGUCAUUCGGUUUUGGAUUCGGCAAAUCACGCUGCCAGUUUGAACAUAAAAAAUCCCAUAAAGAGCAUCAUGAAGGCUGCCUUGAAUUUGGGCCAAUGCUCUACGAGGAAGGAGAUGACAAGAAGAUAAUCACUAUUUGGGCAGGCCUCCGGACGCCCACUGGAGAUAAGGUUCCUUUCUACUUCCUGCUCCCCGCGCCAGAAGGUGUAGAUGCGCAGGUUCUUCAGAAACCUGAUGACAGGGAAGAGCUGACAUUUAAGCUCGACAAAGUAAAAGGCUAUUGGUAUGAUGGCCAACAGUUCUCAACACUCCGCGAGUUUGUGGAGGCCUACAGAACGGGAAAAAACUUCAAAAAAGUGACCCCUGAGAUACUCGAAGAGCGACGAAAGAUGGAAAACCAGGAGCAAGAACACAACAUUCAAAAAGAAAGAGCACUUGCCCUUCGCCGCCUUGCUCCUGCAUGGUUGGCUCCCAAUCCGGAGGGUCGCGUGGGGUUGGAGUACCGUGCAGCUCCCGAGCACAUCGAGCCACAAGGAAGGCGCUACACUAUCCGCCAGUCUCCUGGUCAGGAGUCUUACACUAUAAACUAUGCAGGAUGGGAGUUCGUUAUAAACAUGGAUCGCGACACGGCUCUUCGUCUGUGGGACAUCAAAUUCCAAGGCCAACGUGUUGUCUUCGAGAUGGGUAUGAUGGAAGCGUUGGCACAUUAUUCUGUGGCUGAGCGCAACUGGUACUUCAUCGACUCUUGGUAUGGUGGCUUGGGGUCCGCAUCUCGGCGUCUGCAUCCUGGUAUUGAGUGUGCAAAAACAGGGCAGCUCUUGUUUGAUGGUGGAUCGCUCUGCAUUUUUGAGAAGGAUUUUGCCCGCCCUCUUAGGGCCCACUGGAAGAGUGGUACCCUCCGUGAUGGAGCACCCCAUAUGGCUCUUGUCCUGCGACAUAUGAUUACCGUCAGUAACUACGACUACAUCACCGACUACUACUUCCAUGUCAGUGGCUGGUUUGAGGCCUCAGUGUCCUUCACUGGAGAGCUAUAUGCUGGUGUAGAGGUGCCAUGGUACUCAGCCCGUCAAAGGCGUCACGGAACACAAGUGAGUGGCUCAAUGAGAAUGGGCGCCCUUCACGGCCAUCUCGCGGUUUGGAAAGUAGACUUUGAUCUUACCCCAGACUACCGUAGUAAUUCGGUCGUCUUCAGUGAAAUUGUGCACGAUACCGCGAGACCAGGUGCCAUUAAGCUUGACCAGUGGAUUGGGGAGAAAGAGCUUGAUGGCUACAUUGCGUACAACAGCACGAGGCCCAUCCACUACACCAUCGUCAAUGAAGACCAUAAUGUCUACGGAAAUGUCGGUGGUAUGACUGUACUGCCGUACCCAACUGUUGCGAUCCCAAACCCCCAGUUCGAGUUGUAUACGGGGCCGUGUGCUUGGGCCAAGUACCGUGUGGCGACGACUGUCAGGCAUCCCGACGAAUCGGAAGCUACUCUUCCUAGAGACAACAAAUACGCUCUCAAACCGGCAGUGUCUCUUGACAGAUACCUGAGAGUAAGGUCAAAGUGGAUAGCCCUCGAACCAUUUCACCCCUGGACAAAGAAUGCAUAUGCGACUCUGGCGCACGAGGCCGUCACGAAUCUUUUUCAGCUAGCACUAUUUCCAAACAACGAGACUAUUCGGAAGGCAGACUUGGUCACUUGGAUUUCAAGCGCUGUCUGGCAUAUUCCUGUCGUCGAAGACAUGCCCUUGACUCUAGCUCAGGGGAACACACUGGGUUGGCUAGUUAAGCCUCACAACUAUUAUAUGGAGGACAUGAGCAUGGAUCUCCACAACGCCAUUGGUGGUGCAGUUCAAGACCCUGGAACAUGCGCACUCAUUCGUCAGGAAAUGCCAAAAUACGGAGACGCCCCACAAAACUAA